AUAUAUAAUAUAUAUGUGUGUGUGUGUGGUGCGUGUAUGAAACGGAUCGGUGUCUAAUUCUGCGUACCUACUGUAACACUAUUCGAACAACCCCACAGGACGAGUACCGUUUGACCAUCUGGCGAACGGCCCUAUUCUGCUACACAGACUACAGUACGAGAAAGAAAACGGCAUGUACCUGGAGAGACCGGAAGCGUCUAUAUCAGGUGAGGUGUACGACAUUGUGAAGAACUGCUGGCACCCAAUUGCACAGAAGCGGCCGCACAUCUCCGAAUUGGCGACGGAACUACAGGCCAUAUUCGACAGAAUCAAAGGAAGCGUCUACGCCCAGCAAGGCAGUCCACUGGUGGGAUAUACAGAAGGGAACAGGAAACGACGUCCUUCAGAAACGACACAGAAGCACAAGACACUUAAACACGGGACAUACAGACAAAGCCGACUACGCAAACCUACAGAGUAUCGACGGCUAUGUCUACGAUGUACUUGCAAACCCUCAACAGACGCAGCUGAGUCACAGCUUUGCAAAACUAAAGGCCGAUUGGUGGCCGGGGCAGAUGGUAACACAUAUACUAACGUCGACUUGGAGGAAGUUCUAAUUGGACCUGAUAAUAUGACUAAGGUGAUCUCCAAAAAUGGUUGAAGAUAGGAAGAAGGGGUUGAUUUUACACAGUCAGGCAUAUGCUACCAAUGUGUAUACGAUAACAGAAAUUUAGAUAUAUAGUAAGAAAUCACAUAUGCAAAACGUACCCCACAUAUACACUUUGAGGGACAAUUAUAAACAUCGUUUUGCCAGAGGCUGGGCCAUCGAAUAGUGGAAUUUACCAGAAUUCCAAAGCGUGUGGAGUGUGGACACGGAUAACAAAGCGACAUAUCUGUAGAUAUAAAAAUACAUUAAAUGCAGUAAAAAGAAUGUUCUUGGG